CUCUCUCUCUCUCUCUCUCUCUCUCUCUCUCUCUCUCUCGUGAUGUAUUUUUACUUGUAUACGAUUGUUCGCUUUUAAUUUAUACAGUUCCUAUGUACAGACGUUUCGAUGCGUUGAAAUUACUUUUUCUUCAUUUCUUUAGAAAUCGCAACUUUUAAGUUCAAUAAAGCUUUUCGACAAUAUCCAUCCACUAGGCGUGUCGUUUAUAGUCGCUCACCGCUUUCGUUCGUUAUGUUUUUCGCGCAAUAGCAUCGUAUGUAUUGCUCUGAUGUAAAGACAAUCAAAUGUUUCGCACACGGCAUAUACGACUACAAAGAGAAAAAUAUCUGUCGAGGAAGCCUUGACCGACGAAGGAUAUCAUUUUUAAGAGUACCAUUCGUUUUCGAACACGUCGAACACGUUUUAAAUUGAUUAGACGAGGUUCGUUAAAUGCAAUCGAGCAGCUACUAUGGAAAUUCUAUGAUUCUGUUGGCAAUUGUUUUGCAGCUUAUUGUAGUUAACAGAUACCGUCGCAUUCUACGUUCAAUACCAAAGAUAAAUCGCAUUCUACGUGUUAAACGGCCAAGAUGUAGACUACUUAAACGUUGUCUUGAAACUUGUACAUUUCCCAAUCCAUGGAAUCGUUAGAAUAAAUUCUUUAUUCCACGCAUGCGAUUUUUGAAUCAUUGACGCCGUGAUCGAAAGAAGAGGUAGGUAAAUAAAUUGUAUCUAUAGCAUAGCAUCGAAAUUAGAAAGAAAAUAAAAGAAGGAAUUGCAUUCGUAAAUUUUGUGUACAUAACAAAAGAAUGUGGUUCGCGUAGUCCUAAGCUGUACAAUCCGCUCGCAUAAUUAUUUUUAUAAGUAACAUUACGCGAAUAAGCUUUCUUCCAUUAUUUCUUGAUUCUUUUUUUCCACAUGUUUUGCUGAUCGAGCGCUUAAUUUAACGUUGAUUCGUUUAUUUUAAUUCCAUAGAAUUCGGGCAUUCUUGUACGAAAAUUGUAAUAAAUGGAAUCAGCUGUGACAAUCGACGUGGCUUCGAAAAAGCUAAUUUAUCAUUUUAUACUAAAAUUGUGAAUAUCAAAUGUUUACUUGAAAAGUUUGCCAAGUGGGAGAAACCUGCCUGUCGUGGUAUUCCUUUCCAAUAGAAUUUAUUCGAGUAGACUGUACAUCUAUAACGGAUGUAUUUGUCGAUAAGUUUCUAUGUUAAAAUAUUGUAAACAGCAGUCUCGAAGACCUUAAAGCAUGGUCUUAUUUACUACGUUCGUUUCAUUUCUAAUGUUUAUCUUGUUCAGAUACGAAGAAUAAAAAGUACGGUUUCAUAGGUUACGCGUCGCGACGAAUUGUUUCGAUUCAACACGAUCGUAAAUUUAUAAAUGGUGUAAGUGUUGUGUCGAAUUAACGCGAUUAUUGAUCCUUGUCGGUGACAAUAUUACAAAUAACCUGUGAACGUAGCGUUGCCAAAUGUUGCCCAACUACCUAAACACCGCGUAUCUAUAUGAAAUCGUGAGGAAUCUUAACGUUCGAUGGUUUACUAAGCGCUACGUUAUUACUGUGGAAUAAAAUGCACGCUUAUGACAUAUAAGAAUUGGAGUAAAAAUUCCAGAAUAUGGUUACAUGUUAGAAAAAUUCAUCCUAAUUUGCAGGAUAUUACGAUUUUCUAUUUUUGUAUGGUGAAAAUGGCUCAUGCCCUGUUACCGAAUCUUAUCCGUAAACCUGUAACAUCUAAUAUGUCUCCUACAGAUUUUACUCCAACAACUGCCUUAUCCGAGGUGCUGAACUCGGAUCCAGUGAAACGUUUAUUCAGUCGACCAAAUAUUGUUAUUAAAACGAUUCCUUUAAAUGUACAUGCAAAUUCUACCUCGAAUAAUAACAUUGCUGUAAACAAUUUGUAUAAAUUUGAUUCAGAUUUAAACAUUUCAAAGCGAACAGAAUUAACCAUAGUUCCUCUACCAAGUGAUCAGGAAGAGAAUCUGUUACCUUCGAAAAGAGAAGGUAAAUCAGAAAUUGCACUAGUGCCUAUUAAGAUGGAGAGAAAGCCUUGCGGUCAUUAUGAACCAUGCGAGGAAAUUGUGUGUGACGUAGCAGUACAACAAUACGUAGAUCGAGAUGGAGUAUCUCCAAUGUUAGCCAUCAACAUAGAAGAAGACGAAAUAAGUGCACCUGUUUCAAAACAUUGUGCAAAUGAAAAGUGUGAUGCAUUGAGCAUCGAUCACGAUCGUUGUCGCAGAGCUGUGAUAAGAUUAAACAGAUGCAAUCGAUCGACGGCUUGCGACAUUUGUGGUAUUGAGCUACAAACGCGAAGGUGUCGUAUACAUCAUAAAAAUUGUACGCGGAAGAACGAAUAUCGUCACAAUGAAACAAAUAGUGCUCAAAUACUAAAAGAAAGAAUGCGUGAAAGAGAAAUGCAACUCAUUGAAGCUUCUAAGGCAAAAAAGAAUGAUUAUAUGGAUCUUACUACAGUAAUGGAAACACUAAAAAAUAAUGCAGAGUUAAUUAUUAUUCCAAAAUCAGUUGCUGUGCAGCAACCCAUGGUUAACAUAACUGUGUCCUCUACUCAAACUACCCAACAAGUUAACAACAUGUAUAAUGUUUUUGGAAAACUUUUACCUAGUAUACCAGUUGUAUUGCCACAACAAAGUAUAUUCGUUGGAAAAACACCAUGUUCUAACGAAAAUAGUAUAACUACUUCAGCAAAUUUAACUUCGUCUAAUAGUAGACCACUUACAACAUCGACCAAUACAGUCCCUUUACCUCAAAGUCAGUUUGUCACGUUUGCAACACACCACGAUGCGCAGCCAAUAACGUUAAACGAUUUAUUAUUUUCACAAUCACCGAUUGUGACAAAUUCACCUAUUCAGCCUAAACCGUUGGUGACACCGAUACGUGUUGUGCCUAUAACCAAUUUAAUAACAGAACCAUCGUUAUUGCAUCAAACACAGGGUAUACCAAAGUUUUGUAUUAUAGCAGAUCCGCCGGUACCGGUACCAGCACCAGCACCAGCACCAGUAACUGUACCGUCACCGAUACCUGUAACAAAACGACGAACUACUCGACACUCAACUUCUGUGCCAAAAGUCAAUACUCCAAAAGCUCUUAAAGGUACAUUGCAAAAAAAGAAGAAAACAGCAAUCAGAAAGAAACGCAGACACAAAAAGAAAGAGUUCAAAUGCGAGUAUUGUCUUAAAUGUUUUAGUACAGAUUGGUAUUUCAAAGUGCAUGUUGCUAAACAUACAGGUGAAAAACGAUUUCCUUGUAAAAUAUGUACAGAGUCCUUUAGCAAUAGAUAUGACAUGAAAAGACACAUGUCAAAGGAGCAUGAAAAUGAUAGUAUUCCUUCUGGUCCAUGUAACCAGCAAACUACUUUACAAUGUUUAGACUGUAAUAUUAGUUACACAUCUGUCGUUCUUUUGGAGCGUCAUCGACAAAAAUGUCAUAAAAAAACAGAAUGCACGAUAUGUCACGAUGAAAUUCUAAUAGAAGAAUUAGAGAGGCAUAUCGCGUCAGUGCACAACAAAAUUGAAAGCAUUGACAUAAAAGAGGAAAUUGUUGAAAAUGGUAACGCGUAUGACGAGAUAAGUGAAACGAAGGUAUUUUCGAAAAAAGAAAUAAAAAAGGAACAUGAUCAGAACAUGAACGGAUAUGUUUCUAUUUCUGAUCAAUUAAGUGCUUCAGAUAUAAAAAAGGAAUCGGAAUAUCAAGUAUAAAGCAUUCCAAGUUAGUCAUUUAUUAAAGUUGAAGUAAGAAACGUUAAGAUUGAAAGUAUAUUUGUUAUAAACCGGAGUAUGCAAAGUUGCCGCUAACAGAUGUUUCAAUGAUGAAAUACUAUUUACACUAGAUGUGUUAAUAUUUUUUUCAAUAGUACUAUUUAUUUUUGAAAGAAGAUUUCACGAUAUGCCUACUUGAAAUUUAUCUUUAAAAUACACAGGGCAAAUACAAAUAAACGUUUAAUUAUCAAUGUUGCAGAAACAUGUUUCACAAUAUUUAAACUAAAAUCAUAUUUUUGAACAACUAACAUACUUUACAAAAAUUUAAACAUCAAAAAAAGAUUUAAAUUUAAGAAUAAUUAUAAAUUAUUAACAAUUUUCCAAACUGUGAUACAUGGCCACCUUUCCACUGUAACAAUUUUGUUCGUUUGACAUGAAAAUUCAAUAUCCUUAACUGAAUAGUGAAUGUAACUUUGAGCACACUAAUCACUUUUACAGACUUGAAUACGAUUAUUACGCAUAUCUCAAAACGCACAGCCCAAUAAUUUAAACAAAAGAUCACAUAUAUAGUUUAGAAGCAGAGAAUUUUUUUUAUUAAUUUUAAAAGUAUUUUGUAUGGAAAGAGAGUUGAAUGCCAUUUUUAACGUGUAAAUGUACAUAUAAAUUGUAUUGUGUUCCUUUUACUUUUAGCUAAAUAGCUAUUUAGUCAAAAGUAUUGAAUCAUUCAUUUAGAUUAAAGUUUAGUAAUGUUUUAGACAUAUUCAAUAAUAUAUUCUAUAACUACGAAAAAAAUGAAUUAAUAUUGUUGAGAAGAGUUCUAUAUGACUUUGUCUAAUUUAUCAUUACGUAGCUACUAAUUAAAAAUUUUUCACGAGAAGUUUUAAUUGUCUAUGGAAUAUUUUGCCUUUCAUUUUGCUAUCUUCGAUGAGAAUGUAUUACUAGAGAUAGAUCAUUCUAUUAUGCACUACAUAUUCACGAUAGCUAUUCUUAGAAAUGUUCGAUUUUUUAAAGUAAUAUUAAUCGCACGAAUACCUUCAUAUCAAGAAAAUAUACACAAGCUACUGUUGAAUAAAUCAAAUAGUUAUGUUAUAUUGUAUGACACAGAUUAGACUGUCAUUCUACAUUGUUGUAGAGUACAGUUUAAACUUCGAAAUUAAUACCCAGAUUUUACCGAAUGUUGAUAACAGAGAUAGAUCGCCAGGCUUAAAGAAAAGAUAGUUUUCUUACAAUACAGAAAUGUUCCUUGAUAAGGAAAGUGAGUGAAAUAUUACGUGCCUUCUAAAUUUUAAUGUUCCUUAUACAAAUACAUUUACAAACAUCUCAUAAAACCAUAAAUAUUGAUCGCAAAUUAAAUUUAUUCCAUUAAUUCUUUUAUAGAAUACCAGAUAUUUUUUAUUUUUAAAUGAAUCUUAUUGAACUAUAACAGAGACUAUGGACACAUGAACAAAUUAUUUUUAAAAUUAUAAAUAUUCCAGAAGUAUUAAGCUAAACAAUGCGUCCUGAAUAA